AUGCAACAGAAGCAGAGAUCUACAUGCAAGGAGAGUCCGCAAGCUUGGCCACCGUCGACUUUUCCAGCGCUGGUUUGCUGGUCUCAGCAAAACCGGAGAAAUCAGCAAGCCAUCCGCUACAUAGAUCGCUUGCUUUGCUUCUUCCCUCCUGAUGGCCGUGAAGUCUGCGUUCAUCGCCUCGUGAAGCAUUCCAGAAUAUUCCAGAAGCACUGUGUCGUUUGUGGCUCAUCGGCGGGCACCACCUACAUCCAGCACAGCAUGAUGGCUGCCAGGGUCGCAAGUGCCCAGGCCUUGCACAGGAUGUCCACACAUGGCAGCACCACAACACCAACGCCCAUGCGUAGCCAAUCUCGCCGCAUCGCGAGUGAGUUGGUGGAGAAGAUGGAGAUGAAAGCCGGGCAAAAGAUGAGGUUAUCUGCCAACGCACACGCGCGCGCGCGCACGCCCCAACGUGUAGGAACCGAUGGCAUGGUCAGGCUGUUCAAAAAGAGGAAACGCGAUUGCUGCAGGAAUUUCUUGUUUUGUGUUUCCGACUUCCUGGUUCGGGCGAUUUAA